UUUUCCUUCUCUCUCCCGAAUCCCACGUCACUGGGGAUCAUACAGAUAUAUGCAUUAAUUUAAAGAGGCUUCAAGCACAGACCACGGAGGAAAACAUUAGUCACCAGUUGGACUGGACGGCAGUGGCGUGCAUCCUUCUCCGUCGCGCAUCAAGCCGCCGGCAUGGGCUGCGGGCGCUGCACGCCUCCGUACAGCUCAGAUCCCCCUUUCUCCGCCUCGGUGCUGCUUGUGAGCAGGACAGAAGCUCAGGGUGAAUCGGAGCCUGUGUGCUCCGCAGGGCACUCGGGAUGAUUGCGGUGCAUGUCGAUGGAGCGUUUUCCGCGAUGGCAAAAAGAAUCGCCUAGGCUUUUUUGAACGAUGGAAUGGAAGGGGACGCCGGGGCUGCUUUUGGUGAAAUGGAUGUGUGUCCGAUUCACCGUGGUUUGUGUCGCAGCCUGCAGUGGGAAGGUGGAGCUGCACACAGAGAGGAGAGGAGUGAUCUACAGCCCCUCCUGGCCACUCAACUACCCCCCAGGUGUCAACUGCAGCUGGAACAUCCAGGGGGACAAGGGAGACGUAAUCACCAUCAGCUUCCGAAACUUUGACCUGGCUGAGUCCGGGAAAUGCUCGGGCGACUGGCUGCUGCUGGGCCCCACGUGGAGGGAGGGGUACCGCAUGUGCGGGGCUCUGCUGCCCCCGCCCUUCAUCUCCACCCGUGGCCGCGUCUGGCUCUCCUUCCAUUCCCAGGCCAACAGCUCGGGCCAGGCUCAGGGCUUCCGCCUCUCAUACAUCCGCGGUAAGUUAGGACAGAGCAGUUGCCAGGGCGACGAGUUCCUGUGUGCCAAUGGGAAGUGCCUCCCCCGGGCCUGGAAGUGCAACGGGCUGGACGAGUGUGGUGACGGCUCGGACGAGCGGGCCUGCGCACCCCCGCCCACCGAGGCCCGGCCCAGCCUGUGCCCCCCCGGCACCGUGCCGUGCCCCCAGGGCCAGUCUGUGCGCUGCCUGCCCGAGACGCGGCUCUGCGACGGCUCCCGCGACUGUGCCGACGGCACCGACGAGGCCCACUGUCCCGACACGGCCUGCGGCAGGCGCCUGGGCAACUUCUACGGCUCGUUCGCCUCGCCCGACUUCUUCCGGCCCGAGCGGGGCUCCCCCGAGCUGCGCUGUGCCUGGCUGGUGGACACACAGGACCCCAAGCGCAUCGUGCUGCAGCUGGACCUGCGGCUGGGCGCCGGCGACUCUGUGCGCGUCUACGACGGGCUGGGCGAGCGCGCCGACCGCCUGCUGCAGAGCCUGUCCUCUUCUGACAACCGCCGGCCCGCCAUCGUGGAGUCGAGCCGCGGUCAGCUGACCGUGCUGUACCACGCCGCCCCCUACAGCUCGGGCCACGGCUUCAACGCCACCUACCAGGUGAAGGGCUACUGCUUCCCCGGCGAACGGCCCUGUGGUGCCGACCAGGGCUGCUUCUCGGAGCACCAGCGUUGCGACGGCUACUGGCACUGCCCGUCGGGCCGCGACGAGGAGGGCUGCCCCGCAUGCCAGGCCGGCGAGUACCCCUGCGAGGGCGCCGGCGGGGCCUGCUACCCCGCCACUGAGCGCUGCAACAACCAGAAGAAGUGUCCCGACGGCUCAGACGAGAAGAACUGCUUCAACUGCCAGCCAGGCAACUUCCACUGCGGCACCAACCUGUGCAUCCUGGAGACGUGGCGCUGCGACGGGCAGGAGGACUGCCAGGACGGCAGCGACGAGCGGGACUGCCUGGUGGCCGUGCCCCGCAAGGUGAUCACGGCGGCGCUCAUCGGCAGCCUGGUGUGCGGCCUGCUGCUCGUCAUCGCGCUCGGCUGCGCCUUCAAGCUGUACUCCCUGCGCACGCGUGAGUACAGGGCGUUCGAAACCCAGAUGACCCGAUUGGAGGCGGAGUUUGUCAGGAGGGAAGCUCCACCCUCCUAUGGUCAGCUGAUCGCUCAAGGUCUCAUCCCACCAGUGGAGGACUUUCCCGUCUACAAUCCCUCUCAGGCCUCCAUGCUGCAGAACAUCCGCACGGCCAUGCGCAGGCAGAUCCGCCGGCACUCGUCUCGCCGCCGCCUGGGACGUCUCUGGAGCCGGCUUUUUCACCGCGGGGCCCGUCCGCGGGGCCACAUCCCGCUGCUUACGGCCCCUGGGGCCGCCCGGCCCUCCCUUGGCACCAAUGGCAGUGCACUCAGCUACCAAGCAGUGGGCUCUGGGGGAAGGACCGGCAUCACUGCGGGCAUAGGCUGGGCACCUAACCCCUGCACUUCAGACAACAUGAGCCGAGCCCUGCAGGGGGCGACAGAGGACGAGUGCCACCCUCCUGCCAGCUCCCCAGACUCCCCUUUGUCACCGCUCAGCCCUCCAUCACCCCCGUCAGCCUCCGACAGUCAGGAGGAGGAGCUGUGUACAAACUCGUCUGCGCAGCUGGAGCAGAGGCGCUCCUACAAUGGCUGUCCGGCCCCCAGAAUGCCCUGUUCUGCACAGGCGAGCACGGGGGGAUCAGGUAGGCGACAGGGGGCGUCAUCUGGCAACUCCCACGGCAGCACGCCGGGCAAUGCAGGACGCUCCCUGAACCGCAGGGCCUCCCGCAAGCUUGUGCGGGGGCUGGCGGCCAAUCUGCGCGGUGUGGCUAUGAGACGGUACUCUCCACUCGGCCCGGCCUCUGUCACGGACCCUCCGGCGCCCCCAGGCCAGGUGGAGGGACACAGCCACGCCCCAUCGCGGAGCCUGGAGUCCUCAGGGUUGCAUGGAGAUAGCCGUGCGUGCCUGUCUGUGGUGCCAAAACAGGAGGGGCUCAGCACCUGUGCCGACGGGGGGGGGCUGAGCAGCGAUGAAGAUGAUGAAUCUCUCCUCAUCUGCUAGGAGACUGCUGAUCUCCUCUCUUCUCCUCCUGAGGUUUUUAGGAGGGUUAUACAGCCAUUGAGCCCCAUCCCACGCCCCCCCCGGCACGACCGUACAGAAACACUUGCCAGUUUUUACUUCUGCCGCCCCCCCGCCCUUCCUCAUUCUGUCACUGCCCGAUCAUCACAUCAAUGACACUGUUCCGGUUGUCUGUCUGAGGUCACAUUCUCACAUCAUAUGUUUAACAUGCAUUGAUUAAAACGGCGCGUUAGUUGGCUGUAUAAUCAGG